UCGUGUUGCUACAUCACUGGUCUUUUGAAGCUGUUGGAGCAGCUGAGAAGCAUGCUGAACACUGGGAAGUCCCUGAGAGAGGGUCUCCGGGUAGGAAUUACAACUAGGUUACAAUGAGGGAUACUAUUUCUUUCUUCGCCUCAAUUCCUCCCUGGAUUUAAAGAGCCAGUUGAUGUUGUUCCACUUAGCAUUGCAGCCUGACCGAGUGUACGCUCCAGGGCGAGAACAAGCUAGUGGUGGCACCAAGCUAGCUCUUUGUGUGGCUAGCUGCUAAGAUGUGUUGUUGUUGUUGAGCCAAGCAGCCUUUUCAUCGUCGGGGAGAGGAAAUAAUCAGUGGAAUUCGGUAGUAUUACACAGGAGAGAAGAGGGGAAGAUCUUUUGCAGAAGAGGAAGGAGGGAAAUGGGCAACUGUCUGAAGUCGCCGACUACGGACGACAUUUCUCUGCUCCAUGAAUCUCAGUCUGAUCGGGCCAGCUACGGAGACACAGACCAGGAGCCGCCGCCCCCUUAUGAGGCUGAUGUGGACCACUCUCCUGGAGAAAGGGCGCAGAUCCAUAUUCCUAUCUACCACCCUACACCCAGCCAGGCCCGUCUUGCCACCCAGCUGACAGAAGAGGAGCAGGUGCGUAUUGCCCAGCGUAUCGGGCUGAUCCAACACCUUCCGAAAGGUGUUUACAACCCAGGACAGGACGGCACUAAGAAAAAGAUCAGAGAGUGCGUCAUCUGUAUGAUGGACUUUGUGUAUGGGGACCCUAUCCGGUUCCUGCCCUGCAUGCAUAUCUAUCACAUGGACUGUAUAGAUGACUGGCUGAUGAGAUCCUUCACCUGCCCGUCAUGCAUGGAGCCUGUGGACGCUGCACUGCUUUCCUCCUACGAGACCAACUGACAAACAAGUGCCCACUGUUAUCCACACAUGCAAACACACACAAAGACACUAGUGUAACUUCCGGAAUUAAUAACAGCAGUCAAAUGUUGGAGGAAUAGUUCAGGAAUAGUGGCCCUGCCGGUCAGGAUUGCGUCUGGGAAAACAUUUGGAACAGGAAGGCAAAGUUAGGAGCAAAAGGACUGUGAUGACAAUGUCUGUCCACCAUAAUCUCGUCCUUGGAAAUACUGGCUCUGUGCUGCACAUAUGUAAUGACAAAAAGACAGCUGCAGUAUGCAGAGAUCCCCAAUGUGAAAUGUCCAAUUGAUAGUUCUCUGGUUGUUGAACUUUAAAAAAAA